GGACGGCCGUUCACUUGCAGCUCCGUGGCCUGCCAGGUUGGAUGGUGUUUGUUCCGCGUUGAUACUCUGCAGCCUAAUUUUGUGUUGGACUGUUUCCGUCUUACCUGUGGGGUGUAGUGCAAUUUUGGGUGUAAUCCUUCUAAGGACUAAGGUGUGUGGACUGUGUGCUUGGUGCGUGGCAGAACGGCAGUGCCCGUGUGCAGUGAGUGCAAUAAAAGUGAACCAAAUAGACUGAAAGCGUGACGAUUUUUAAGCGAACGUUCCGGUUACCAAAGAAGAUUUAAACGAGCAUAGCACAGCCUGCUGCGAUCUAAUUGUGAGAAGCGACCGGUGAACAUUUGCGACCAACCACCGCCACCGAAAAUGGAAUCGAAGGAUACGGAUGCGUUGGCGUUCCGCGCGAAACCACCCUGCCCGGGGGAUGAGAUUGUGAUUUCCGGCAUUGCCGGCCGCUUUCCCAACUCGGACAAUGUGAAGGAGUACGGGUACAAUCUGUUCAACAAGAUCGACAUGGUGGACGAUCUGGAGACGCGCUGGCGGCACAGCAAUGUGGAGAUUCCGCGCCGCAUGGGCAAGGUGAACAAUCUCGAGAAGUUUGACGCCACGUUCUUCGGUGUGCACUUCAAGCAGGCACACACGAUGGAUCCGCAGUGUCGUAUUCUGGUCGAGCACGCGUACGAAGCGGCCAUCGAUGCGGGCGUCAAUCCGAAAUCGCUGCGAGGCUCGCGCACGGGCGUGUUCGUCGGCGCGUGCUUCGCCGAGUCGGAAAAGACCUGGUUCUACGAGAAGAUCUCGUCCGGCGGGUUCGGCAUUACCGGGUGCUCCCGUGCGAUGAUGGCGAACCGCAUCUCGUACACGAUGGGACUGAACGGGCCCUCCUUUCUGCUCGAUACCGCGUGCAGCAGCUCGAUGUACGCGCUCGACUGUGCGUUCAACGCGAUCCGCAACGGCGAGUGCGAUGCCGCGAUCGUCGGCGGCUCCAACCUGCUGCUGCAUCCGUACGUGACGCUGCAGUUCGCCCGGCUCGGCGUGCUGGCGGCGGACGGUUACUGCCGGCCGUUCGAUAAGGACGCAUCGGGCUACACGCGCUCGGAAGCGGUCUGCGUGAUGUACCUGCAGAAGGCAAAGGACGCGAAGCGCGUGUACGCGAACGUCGUCUACUCGAAGACAAACUGCGACGGGUUUAAGGAGGAAGGCAUCACCUACCCGUCGGGCGUGAUGCAGCGCAAGCUGCUGACCGAGUUUUACAGCGAGAUUCAGCUCGAUCCGGCCACGGUCGACUAUGUGGAGGCGCACAGCACCGGUACGGUGGUCGGCGAUCCGGAGGAGUGCGCUGGGCUGGACAAGAUUUUCUGCGCCGGGCGCAAAAAGCCGCUGCCCGUCGGUUCGGUCAAGUCGAACAUUGGCCAUUCGGAGUCGAGCUCGGGCAUCUGCUCGCUGAUCAAGUGCAUCCUGGCGCUCGAGGCGCGGCUCAUCCCGCCCAACAUUAACUUCCGCGAGAUUCGUCGCGACAUUCCGUCGCUGGUGGAGGGCCGGCUGAAGGUGGUGUCGGAGACGGAGCCACUGGACGGUCCGCUGAUUGCCGUCAACUCGUUCGGGUUCGGCGGGGCCAAUGCGCACGCCCUGCUGUACGGCAACACGAAGGAGAAGGUUAACCACGGGCUGCCAACGGACAACUUGCCCCGUCUGAUCACGUGGUCUGGCCGUACGGAGGAAGCCAUUGACGCGGUGCUGACGGACAUGAGCAACCGCCAUCUGGACGCGGAGUACGUCGCACUGCUGCACAACGUGCAGAGCGAAUCCAUUCCCGGCAAUGUGUUCCGUGGGUAUGGGCUGUACGCGAAGGACGGUACGGAGAAUGCGAUCUGCCUGGGGCGGGACACGCAGCACUACACCGGUCUGAAGCGGCCGCUCGUGUGGGUGUUCAGCGGUAUGGGCUCGCAGUGGAGCGAGAUGGGCACGUCUCUGAUGGAGAUACCCGUGUUCCGGCAGGCGAUCGAGCACUGUCACCGCGUGCUGGAGAAGCGCGGCCUCAACCUGAUCGAGAUCCUCACGUCGAAGAGCUGCAAGUACGACAACAUUCUGCACUCGUUCGUCGGCAUUGCCGCGGUACAGAUCGGUAUCGUGGAUGUGCUGCGCUCGCUCGACCUCGAGCCGGACUUUGUGAUCGGCCAUUCGGUCGGUGAGCUGGGGUGUGCGUACGCCGACCGGUGCUUCACCGCUGAGCAGAUGAUCCUGUCCGCGUACUCGCGCGGCAUGGCCAGUCUGGAGACGAAGACCGUGUUCGGUUCGAUGGCGGCGGUUGGGUUGGGCUUCCGCAAGAUCCGCACGAUGCUACCGCCCGGCAUUGAGGUGGCCUGCCACAACGGACCAGACUCGUGCACCAUUUCGGGCCCGAAGGAGAACGUCGAAGCGUUCGUGGCGCAGCUCACCGAGAAGGGCAUCUUUGCGAAGGAGGUGCCGUGCUCGAACAUUCCCUACCACAGCAAGUACAUCGCGGAGAUGGGCCCGAGGCUGCUGGCCCGCCUGAACGAAGUCAUUCCCGAGCCGCAGAAGCGCUCGCCCAAGUGGUUGAGCUCGUCGGUGCCCAAGAUUCGCUGGGACCAGCCGGACAGCCAGUACUCGUCCGCCCACUACCACACGAACAAUCUGCUCAGCCCGGUGCUGUUCGAGGAGACGUCCGCCCUGCUGCCGAACAAUGCGCUCACGAUCGAGAUUGCGCCGCACGGAUUGCUGCAGGCGAUCCUGAAGAAAUCCAUGCCCAACGCCAUCCACAUUGGGCUGACCAAGCGCGGAAACAAGGACAAUGUGCAGUACAUGUUUAACGCGCUCGGCAAACUGUAUAUCAACGGUUUGGACAUUCCAGUCGCCCGGCUCUAUCCGCCGGUUGCGUUCCCGGUGUCUCGCGGCACGCCGAUGAUUUCGCACCUGAUCCGGUGGGACCAUUCGGAAGAUUGGUUCGUGACCAAGUUCGAGAUGCAAAAGUCGACCAAGAGCGGCGAACGGCGGGUGAAGAUUAAGCUGAACGACGAAGAUUACAGCUACAUCGCCGGGCACGUGAUUGACGGGCGUGUCCUGUUCCCCGCCACGGCCUACCUGCAUCUGGCCUGGGAAACGCUGGCAAUGGUAAAGGGCCCAAUGUACUUCGAUCUGGAGGUAGAGUUCGAGGACGUCAAGUUCCUGCGCGCGACCUCCAUCACGAAGGAUCAGGAGAUAGAGUUUACCGUGAUGCUUCAGCCCGGCACCGGUCGGUUCGAAAUUACCGAAGGCACGGCAGCCGUCGUCACCGGGUACGUGCGGCACGUGGAGAACAUUACGCUGUCGGAAAUUCCCGACCCGCCGGCGAACGAUAUGCCCGUGCUGGCGACGCGCGACUUCUACAAGGAGUUGCGCCUGCGCGGCUACCACUACAGCGGUGCGUUCCGUUCGGUGCUGGAGGCCCGCUCGGACAGUGCGUGCGGCAAGAUCAACUGGGAGCUGAACUGGGUCUCGUUCCUGGACUGCCUGCUGCAGUGCUGCAUCAUCGGCAAGGACACGCGCACCCUGAUGAUCCCCACCUGCAUCGAGCGUAUGCGCAUCGAUCCGCGCAUGCAUCUGGCGAUCGCGAACACGAUGGAGGAGGGCAGCCAGGUGUUUGAGUUCAAGAACUCGCGCGUGCUCAACACGAUCCGGUGCGGCGGUAUCGAGAUCGUUGGCCUGCAGGCUAGCACGGUCGCACGCCGCAAACCGCCGGGCAUUCCGGUGCUGGAGUCGUACCAGUUUGUGUCCCAUCUGCCCGCACCGACGCUGUCGAAGGGCGACGCCAUCCGGGUGUGCGUGCAGCUGGCGCUGGAAAACAUUCCCGUGCCGAAGGUGAAGGUGGUCGAGGUGGACUUUGGCGAGAGCGUCCCGAUCACGCCGCUGUUUGCCGAUGCGCUGGCCGAUCUGCCGCUGGUAACGGCGGACCUGAUGUUCCUGAGCCGGCAGCAGCUGUCGCUCGGUGGUGUGCACGUCGAGGACGGCAAGCUGUCCACGCAGACCAACUCGCUGUUCCUCGUGUCGACCAACUGUCUCGGCCGGCCGGAGUUUGUGGAGGAGUCGGUGGCCAGCCUGCACGAGAGCGGCUACCUGCUGAGCCGGGAGGCGGCCAACCUCGUGGUGGAUAGUAUUGUGCCGCCGGCCGGCUUCCAGCUGCUGGCCGUGCUCCCCGUGCCCGACCACGAGACGCUGGUGCUGCUGCAGCGCAUCAAGCGCAAGUUUAUGGCCGUACCGACGAUCGUGCGCAUUCCGCCGCUGGACGACCGGUACGAGUGGAUCGGUACGCUGAAGGACGCGAUCAAGGCCGGACCGGUGAUUGCGGUUGCCCAGGGUGACGUCAACUCGGGCAUCGUGGGCCUGAUCAACUGCAUCCGCAGGGAGCCGGACGGUGGCAUGGUGAGCUGCGUGUUUGUGGACGAUCCGGCUGCGCCACCGUUCGAUCUGGACAGUCCCGUGUUCAAGGGCCAGCUGAAGCUCGGCCUGGCGAUCAACGUGUACCGUAAGGGACGCUGGGGAAGCUUCCGACAUCUCCAACUGGUGCAGAAGAUUGAGUCCAAGCCGAGACGCAACCACUGCUACGCGAACGCACUGGUCAAGGGCGAUCUGUCCUCGAUGACGUGGCUCAGCGGUCCGUUCAACCAUGGCCGGCCGAAGGGCGAGCUGGUGAAGGUGGUGUACAGCUCGCUCAACUUCCGCGACGUCAUGUUCGCGACCGGUAAGCUGUCGUCCGACUUUGCCAAUCUGUCCCGCGUCGAGCAGCAGUGCGAGCUGGGCUUCGAGUACUCCGGCAUCGGCGAGACUGGGCGCCGCAUCAUGGGCAUGGUGACUACCGGCGCGAUGGCAACACACGUGGAGUGCGACGAUACGCUCACGUGGACCGUGCCGGAGAAGUGGUCGCUCGAGCAGGCUGCAACCGUGCCGGUCGUGUACGUGACCGUGUACUGUGCGCUGUUCAUCAACGCGCACAUCCAGAAGGGCCAGUCGAUUCUGAUCCAUGCCGGUAGCGGCGGCAUUGGGUUGGCCGCCAUUCGCGUCUGUCUCGCGUACGGGCUGGAAGUGUACACAACCGUGGGCACGGAGGCCAAGAAAGACUUCCUGCUGCAGACGUUCCCGCAGCUGAAGGCGGACAACAUUGGCAACUCGCGCGACACCUCCUUCGAGCGUAUGAUUAUGCUACGCACCAAUGGGCAGGGUGUGGAUUACGUGCUGAACUCGCUCGCGGACGAUAAGCUGCAGGCGUCGGUACGCUGCCUGGGCAAGUACGGAAAGUUCCUGGAGAUCGGCAAGUACGAUAUGGCGAACGACUCCAAGCUCGGACUGAACCGAUUCCUGCGUGCGCUUUCGUUUACGGCCGUACUGGUGGACUUCCUGUUCACGGCACCGCAGGAGGAGAAGAUGGUACUGCGCAACAUGCUCGAUAAGGACAUUAAGAGUGGCGUGAUCGUGCCGCUGAAGACCAACGUGUUCCCUGCCGGUGACAUUGAGCAAGCGUUCCGCUUCCUGGCCAGCGGUAAGCACGUGGGAAAGGUGUUGCUAAAGCUGCGCGAAUCACCGAACGAUGAGGACUCGGUCCCGAUCAGCUACCUGCCGCGCGUCUACUGCAAUCCGGAUCGAUCGUACAUCAUUGCCGGCGGGCUGGGCGGUUUCGGUCUGGAGUUGGCCGACUGGCUGGUGCUGCGCGGCUGCCGUAAAGUGGUGAUCAGCUCAAGCCGAGGUCUUUCCAAACCCUACCAGCUGUACCGCAUCAAGAUUUGGGAGACGUACGGUGUGAAGGUGGUGAUCAGCACGGAUGACAUCGCCACGCGGGCCGGUUGCGAGGCGUUGAUCAGCACCGCCAACAAGCUCGGCCCCGUUGGAGGUAUCUUUAACCUGGCCGUGCAGCUGCGGGAUGGCAUCUUCGAGAACCAAUCGGUGGACCGGUUCCGGGAGUGUAUGGCGCCGAAGGCCAUCGCCACGCAGUACCUGGACGAGGUGAGCCGUCGCGUCUGCCCGCAGCUGGAAUACUUUGUCAUCUUCUCCAGCGUGUCGUGCGGACGGGGAAAUGCGGGCCAGAGCAACUACGGCAUGGCGAACUCGGUGAUGGAGCGCAUCAUCGAGCGGCGCUGGGCCGAUGGGCUGCCGGCGAAGGCCGUCCAGUGGGGUGCGGUCGGAGAGGUCGGUCUCGUGGCCGACAUGCAGGAGGACAAGCUGGACAUGGAGAUUGGCGGCACGCUGCAGCAGCGCAUCAGCUCGUGCCUGCAGGAGCUGGACCCGCUGCUAACGACGCCGGAACCGAUCGUGGCCAGCAUGGUGGUGGCGGAGAAGCGCGUCCGCACCAGCGGCAAGGAGAACAUCAUCGAGAGCGUGAUGAACAUCAUGAGCAUCCGCGACAUCAAGUCGAUCUCGAUGGACACGACGCUGUCCGAGCUGGGCAUGGAUUCGCUGAUGGCGGUCGAAAUCAAGCAGACGCUCGAGCGCGAAUACGAGCUGUUCCUGACGCCGCAGGACCUGCGCUCGCUCACCUUCAUGAAGCUGCAGGAGCUGACCGAGGCGAAGGCGGCCGCGGCGGACGAGAAUGUCAAGCUGAAGCUGGCCAACGAGAAAACGCCCACGGGCGUGGCGAUGUUGCUCCGCAAUCUGGGCGACGAGUUCAACAGCCAGCACACGAUACUGCGCCUGCAGUCGGAGAACGACUCGAAGAAGUACAACGCGUGCGUGCUGUUCACGCCCGGCAUCGAGGGGGUGGCCGGUAACGCGUGGCACAACAUCGCAGCCCAGCUGUCGCUGCCGACGUUCAUCACGCAGCUGACGCACACGAUCGACAUGACGACGGUGGAGGAGAUCGGCCGCUUCCUGGCGCCCGAGCUGAUCGAGAACGUGUUCAAGGGCACGGAGCACUUCUACCUGGUCGGGUACUCGUUCGGUGCGUUCGUGACGCUCGAGCUGGCCCGCAUCCUCGAGGAGACGGGCAUGCGCGGCCAGAUACUGCUGAUCGACGGGGCGCCCAAGUUCCUGCGCAAGCUGGCCAUCGACCAGAUGACGGAGAACUACACCGACGACAGCAUACAGGUGGUGCUGACCUCCGGCAUUGUGAACACCAUCUUCCCGGAGGAAAACAUGGACGUGCUGCCGCUGCUGGCCGCCUGCACCACGUUCGACGAGCGCAUCGACAAGCUGCUCGAGCUGUCCAAGGAUCAGAACCUCUACUCCGAGGCGUACCUGCGCAUGAUGCCGAAGGCACUGUUCAACCGCAUCAAGAUCGCGCUCGAAACCGACCUCGACCAUCCGCGGCCGGUCCAGUCGCCCAUUCUGCUGGUGCGCCCGACCGAGGUGUCGGUGGUGGACAUCGAGGAGGAUUACGACCUGUCCCGGUACACCGACGGCAACGUGAGCCUGAAGUUCGUCGAGGGUAACCACAUCACGAUGCUGGACAACCCGAAGCUUGUACAAAUCAUUGCCGAUUCCGAUCCGGUGCUGGAGUCGGAUCGCUGCUUCCAGAAGUACCUGCAGAGUAACUCCGUCGCGGAGUAAGGCGGUAGUGGGCAGCGUGCUGGCCUCUUGCUAGUAUAAGGGACUCUGGGGGGAUCGAUUUUGAAGGAUCAGGGAACUCUUCUGGUGCCGCUGCCAGUGCCAAACUGCUUUACUUUCGACCGGAGGGAAGGGAGGGGGAUUGUGCAUGAUUGUUACGGGGGGGUUGAAGCUUGAAUUACUUGUUCAAAGUUAGUGCAAACAGAAGCUAAUCCAAAGCGACAAAAUAUCAUCUCAAUACAAUACAUUUAGAAAUUUUAAAGACAA